UCUGUUUCGUCAUUCGUGGAAAUAUAAUUCAGCCCAAAUUGACAUUAUUUUUAUUUUACCCAGACUAUAGCGGUACAAGACGUGCCGAGCUUUUAUAACAAAGAUUGAUAUAAUAAUGGGCAGAGGGGAACAAAGAUUACGAUCUGUUGUAGCAUCAAGUGAUAUUGUUUCACCGGUUGGCUUUAUGGAAGGUUCUGUGGUUUCUGAUAGAACAAAAGAUGUUGAUCCCAACCUUAUUGUUAAGCGAUCAUGGGAUAUAGCUCUAGCACCAGUAAAACAAGUUCCUAUGAAUAUGUUUAUUAUGUGGAUGGCUGGUAAUUCUAUAUCUAUAUUUCCUAUAAUGAUGGUUGGUAUGAUGUUUAUACGACCAAUCUACGCCAUACUGGCUUUACAAAAAACUUUUAAAGAUAUUGAAGGUGAACAAGCACCAUUUCAGAAGCUAGUUUUUAUACUGGGUAAUGUGUUUUGUUUAGCGAUGGCUGUUUAUAAAUGUCAUGUGAUGGGUUUACUACCAACACAUACAUCUGAUUGGUUAGCCUUUGUUCAACCUCAAGAGAGGAUGGAGUGGUCUGGAGGAGGUGUAAUUCUCUAAAUAUUUUAAUAUUUAAAAAAAUUAUAAUAAAAACAAGUAUAUAUUUGAGUAUGAAUGAAUAGUAUGUAUGAAGAUAUUAGAACUUAUUAAAUAAAAUGUCAUCAUCAUUA